CAUUUAAUUUAUAAUUAUGAUAAAACAAAGGAAAUCGUUGAUCUGAACGAUAUGUAUCGCAAAAAAGUUGCAUUUAUCGUGCGUAUGCACCGAGAAUCUUUAAAAUAUACGAAACUUCUAGAAGAUACUUUCAAUAUGCCUUUGGCUGCACAAAUGUUGAUGGUAACAGCUGGAAUAAGCCUUACCUUGUUACAACUCUCACGGCAGGAUAGCGAUUUACUGGACUUGAUAAGAUACAUGUUAUAUGUCAUUGGUCAACUGAUUCAUUUAUUCAUUCUUAAUUUUGAGGGACAGAAACUGAUAGAUCAUAGUGUUCAGACACGCGAUAGAAUAUACAAUAGCGCCUGGUACAAAGCAUCUAUGAAAUCGCAAAAACUACUCAUGCUGGUGAUGAUGAAAUGUCUUCGACUCAGCGUUUUAAGCGCUGGCAGAAUUUACAUUUUUUCUCUGCAAAAUUUCACCAUGGUUUUACAAACUUCAAUGUCAUACUUCACAGUGCUCGCAUCCUUUCAAUAGUUAGGUUAAGUAUUUAAUAAUUAGCGUUUCAAACCCAUGUAUCUCGAAAACAUCACAUUAUACUUCAUUUUUAUAUUAUAAUUACAUAAUUUUGUUAAUCAUGUAAUGUCUCAAAUUUAUAUUCUGACUUAUAACCGCCUUACUCGCACACGAUUGCGCUAUCUUAAUACCUAGCAUGUCUGCGGUAUCUUUAUCGAUAAAAAAA